CGCUUUCUUAGUUUACGUCCUGAUUUUUCUUCAGCAUGUUUAGGGUGUCACUCUUUUCACGGAUAAUUGUCUGUCUAGACAACACUGGUGCCAAUUUGCGAUUAUUACAAUAUCGCAUGCCCAUACCAGAACAGCUCCAAUGUUGCUCCUGGUCAUCUAUUCGCUGCUGCUUCAUGGGCAUGUCCAAGCGCUACUUGACUUAAACGGCCAUAUCUUCCUGACCGUGUCCUCCCUGAGCAAACCUGCUCAUCGCCUGUUGGAAAUCAACUGGUUCGGAAUCCCCAGCGAAGUGAGACGUGCCGCAAUCGUCGAACUGUACAGACGCGAUAACCCUGGAUCACUAUGGACUCGCCUUGAGUCCUUCAAAUUAAUGACAGAAAGUGGGACUAUGAGGACAAAUUGGAGCUUCCCAUUGACCCGCUUCACGCUUGACAACAUAAACGCCUCCAAAGAAUGCAUAAAAUACAAAGUGUCCCUCGUCAGACAACACAUGCUGGACAGCGAUGAAAUAACUUGGUCGUGCAUUAAGGUUGAAGAAUGUCAACGGGCGUGGCAGAACCUCAGAGACCGCUAUGCCCGGGAGCUACGGGCCACCAAGCAACCCAGCGGGUCCGGCCGAUCUAACAGGCCAGAAUGGCCGUUCAUGAAGCCUUUGAGCUUUUUGUCACCCUUCAUUAGGACACGGACAGUGUUGUCAAGAAAAACGCAGGGCACCAUUCCCCAUCAGCCUCCAACGAACUGCGCCAGCUCCCUGCCAACCCCUCCAAGAGUACUGCCUGACAUACACAGUGACAUAAUUGAGGAGCACAGUAUAAAUGACACGUUAGUACAAACAGGGCCACAAGGAAAGUUUGGGGUCACAGUUCACACCCUCGGCUACCUUCGAGGUUCUACAAGAACAGGAAUCCCGGGGAGAAACUCCAACGGUGGGUUGUGCGAGGCCUCCAAAGAGAAGGAGACCUGA